GCUGCUCUGGCCAGGUUUCUCUUCACAUCAUCUCUAUAUCUCAUCUCCAUAUAUAUCCGCUCCGUACCGUAUCCAUCCUUCGGUUCCCUUGUCCGUACCCCACUUCUAUAUUGCCGGCGAUAUACAUCUCGUUCCCUACGAAAAUCAUCAGCACCCAUCUCACCUACGAAACACCUCGCGAAGAUGCUUACCGCCCAAGUCCCGAAGACCAAAGAGGUGCAGACAUCCGACUGCGAUGUCCUGAUUGUUGGGGCCGGUCCUGCCGGAUAUAUGGCCGCCGCAUGGCUCGCGCGACACAAGGGUGUUAAGGUGCGCAUCGUGGAGAAGCGCGACGGAAAGAUCUUUGCCGGACAGGCCGAUGGUCUGCAGUGUCGCACAUUGGAGGUUCUUCAGAGUUUCGGCUUUGCCGACCGGGCCUGGAAGGACGCCAACCACAUGCUCGAGAUUUGCUUUUGGAACCCCGACGAGUCUGGAAAAGGCGUAGUGCGGACCGGUCGCAUUCCCGACAUGAGCCCUGGACUUUCCCGGUUCCAGCAGAUUGUCUUGCACCAGGGUUGGGUUGAGGGUUACUUCAAAGACAACCUGAAGAAGUAUGGUGGCGCCCAGGUUGAGUUCAGCACUAUGCCCGAGUCGAUGGAAAUCGACGAGUCAAAGGUCGACGACAACGAUGCCUACCCGGUCAAAGUCGUCCUGCGCCAUCUCAAGGAGGAGGCCAGCGCCCCCGAACAGUUCGGUCACGAGGUCCUCAACGGACUCUUCCGCUCCACAAACUUGGUCACCACCGCCGAGGAGGACAACGCUCUUGCCGAAGACACCGCUAAGGAGAGCACCGAGAUCGUCAACUGCAAGUACGUUCUCGGAUGCGACGGUGCCCACUCCUGGGUUCGAAGACAGCUCGGCUUCGAGAUGCUCGGUGAGCAUACCGACUACGUCUGGGGAGUCCUGGACAUUGUCCCCAUCACCGACUUCCCCGACAUUCGCAACCGAUGUGCCAUCCACAGCGCCAACUCCGGCUCCGUCAUGGUCAUUCCCCGUGAGGGCGCUCUCGUGCGCUUCUACAUCCAGCUUUCCGAGGUCGAGCGUGAUGCCGAAGGCCGUGUCAACCGCGCCAAGAUCACGCCCGAGAUGAUCCUCAAGGCCUGCCAGAAGAUCAUGGCUCCUUACACCAUUACGUACGAGGAGAUCCAGUGGUUCACCGCUUACCAGAUCGGUCAGCGUGUUGUCGACGAUUUCUCCAGCCACAACCGUGUCUUCAUCACCGGUGACGCUGCCCACACCCACUCGCCCAAGGCCGGCCAGGGCAUGAACACCUCCAUGAUGGACACCUACAACUUGGCCUGGAAGGUCGGUGCCGCCUGCCAGGGUAUUCUUGACCGGUCGGCUCUUAGCACUUACGGCUACGAGCGCUCUGCCGUCGCCCACGACCUGAUCAACUUCGACCGCAAGUUCGCCAAGCUGUUCUCCGGCAAACCCGCCACGGACGCCGCCGACGAGGCCGGUGUCUCGAUGGAGGAGUUCAAGAAGGUCUUCGAGAAGUCCCACCUCUUCGCCUCCGGUGUGUCGAUCGACUACAAGGCCAGCAACCUCAUCGCCAAGCCCGCUCCCGAGACGGAGGACCCUCACAACCCCGUCAAGCCCGCGGUCGUGGAGUCCAAGCAGUCGCUCGCCACCGGCAUCCCCGUCGGCCAGCGCUUCAACUCCUUCCAGGUGAUGAACCAGUCCGACUCCCGGCCAUGGCAGUUCCAGGACCUGAUGAAGUCCGACUCGCGCUGGCGGGUAACCGUCUUCGCCGGUGACGUCCGCGACGCCGAGCAGAAGGCGCGCAUCGAGAAGCUCGCCGCCCACCUCGACAAGCCCGACUCGUUCAUCCACAAGUACACCCCCGCCGACCGCAAGCGCGACGGUCUCUUCCACGUCUUGACGAUCCACUCGGCUCCUCGCGUCGAGGUCGAGCUCCACGAUUUCCCCACCGCCCUCCGCCCCCAGCACGACUACUGGUCCGUGUACGUCGACGACAUGUCCCACCACGAGGGCCAUGGACACGCAUACAAGAACUACGGCGUCGAUCCCAAGCGCGGUUGCUUGGUCAUCUCCCGUCCCGACCAGUACGUGUCGCUGGUCUGCGAGCUCGAGGACACCGACUUGGUCGAGAAGUUCUUUGCUGCUUGCUUGAUACCUCAGAAGAAGUAGAGCGUUUUGCUUUAGCCCUUCUUUUCUUCAUUCCUGUUGUUAUUGUUCACUUUGGUCGGGCUUUGGUU